UUAUACAAAUAUACAUAUAUUCAAAACAGUGUAAACAUAUAAUUCGUUACAUUUCAAAUACUGAACUAGAGUUUUUGAAAAUGUUGGAUUUGUUCACCAUUUUCUCAAAAGGAGGAAUUGUUCUUUGGUGCUUUCAAGGUACAUGCCAGUCAUUCACUUUGCCAGUAAAUGAAUUGAUCAGAAAUGUCAUACUUCAGGAACGUGGAGCAGAAAGUUCUUUCAGUCAUGGCUCUCUUGCGUUAAAGUACAAGUUGGAUAAUGAGUUUGAGCUCGUAUUUGUAGUGGCUUAUCAAAAGAAUCUGCAAUUAUCAUAUAUUGACAAACUCUUGACUGAAAUACAACUUGCUUUUCGCAACAAAUACAAAGAUGACUUAGAAAUGGGCAAGAUGAGAAAUUAUGAUUUUGAGGAAAAUUUUAAUGGUAUCCUUAAAGAAAUAGAGACUUCUGCUAAGUUGGAGUCGAAAGCACCAAAGAAAAUGAGGACUUUUGAAGAGUCAAAAAAAUCUCAAAAAACUGUUGCGUCGAUGAAAAUCGACCCAAAGAAAGAAACAAAGACAGAAAAAAAUAAAACUCAACCUGAAAAAUCAGUUAAAAAAGUUAACCUUGCCAAGGAUGAAAAAAAUUCUGCAGAAUCAAAACUGCCUGCAGAAAAUGGAGAGGCUACUGAUGAAAUGAUACGCAUCAACCGAGAAAAAAUGAUGAAGAAAAUGGUCGGAAAGAAUCCGAAACCUUCUGGAAAAGGUUCUCCAUCAGCAAAGAAAGAACGAAAGAAAACGGCAAGAGUGUGGGAGAAUGGAGGAUCAAAGAAAGAUAGCACAACCCUUGACUACAGUAACAGUGUUGGAAAUGAUGAUGACUACAAUGGUAUAAGAAAAGAGGAAAGAGAAGAAGUAGAGAACUUAAGAUCAUUUGUUGGUACAAUGGAGGGUGAACUUAAACCCAUGGACUAUGAAAAUGAUCUUGAAGAUGAGGAUGUUUAUGAGAAUGGAGAGGAAAAUGACACUGAAUCUUUAAGCAAUUCCAAAAAGGAGAUGGGUGGUGUAUUUGCAUGGUUCAAGGGACUUGCAAGCCAGAAAACCCUAACAAGAGAAUCCGUUGAACCAGUUUUAGAAAAAAUGAGAGAACACUUGAUUGCAAAGAACGUCGCUUCUGAUAUCGCAGAGAAAUUAUGUGAGAGUGUUGCCACAAAACUUGAAGGCAAAGUUCUUGGAACAUUUUCUAGUAUAUCGUCCACUGUAAAAUCAGGACUGGAAGAAUCACUUGUACAGAUCUUGUCACCACGUCGUCGUGUCGACAUUCUUAGGGAUGCAUUGGCCGCUAAACGUCGUGGACGGCCGUACUCUAUCACAUUCUGUGGCGUCAAUGGUGUAGGCAAAUCAACUAACCUCGCCAAGAUUUGCUUUUGGUUGCUGGAAAAUGGACUUCGAGUUAUGAUUGCAGCAUGUGACACUUUUCGUGCUGGUGCAGUUGAGCAGCUGCGUACGCAUGUGCGUAAACUCAACUCACUUCAUCCUGCACCAGACGGCAAUGGUAUGUUGUCAGUGAUGUUGUAUGAACGUGGUUAUGGAAAGGAUGCUGCUUCUAUUGCAAUGGAUGCCAUCAACUUUGCUCGAGAUCAACGGUUUGAUGUGGUAUUGAUUGAUACUGCCGGUCGUAUGCAAGACAACGAACCUCUAAUGCGAUCACUUUCCAAACUCAUUCGCAUCAAUGAUCCCGACCUUAUAUUGUUUGUUGGAGAAGCUUUAGUUGGCAAUGAAGCUGUUGAUCAGCUUAGUAAGUUCAACCAGGCAUUAGCUGAUUUUUCAUCUCAAGAAAAUCCAAGGUUGAUUGAUGGUAUUGUGCUCACCAAGUUUGACACCAUUGAUGACAAGGUUGGUGCUGCAAUAUCAAUGACGUACACAACUGGACAACCAAUAGUAUUUGUUGGAACUGGUCAAACGUACGCUGAUCUACGAAAUCUGAACGCAAGGGCUGUCGUAAAUGCUUUAUUGAAAGCUUAGAACAAUGGAGACCUAUAACAAAUUCACUAUCCCUGUUUUUUCUGCCUGUCUCUAUGUUAUUCUGUUGCAUUGAAUAUUUAUCAUUGCCAAUGUUUGUUUGCAAUAGUAUUAAGUAAAUCAUUGAACUCAGCUCA